AUGGAGUCAGCAGCAACCAGCAAAACAGCCUCCUUCUCCCUGCCCCUCCCACACUCCCUCGACAACAGAAUCUAUGUCAGACUGUCACUCAAGUCCAAAGCCCUGGUGGUGUUUUUGACGACGGCUACGUCUGAGGAGGCGGGCCAGGCUACACCGUUGGGGUCGUUUGUUUAUGCUUUGCCUGAUCGAUACAACCCCUCACAACCCCUCUCAACAGCACUCUGCACGGUGGAACCGACGCUAGAGUUCACGACGAGGAUGGCGAGGCUGCUGGUGAGGAAGAUGGGGAAUGAGAGGCCGGUGUAUGUGGGGAAUUCGAUCAGCUUUGCGAGCACGGGGUUGGGAGGGGUGGUGGAGGAGGAGAUGGAGGGGUUUAAGGCUGUUGUGGUGGGGAUUAUGGGGGUGUUGAAGAGGUGGGAGGAGGAGGAGGGUGGGCAGAAUGGGGUUCGGGAGGGGGUGGAGGGGUUGAGUGUUUCUUCUUGA